UGCACUUCAGAAAGUGUUCCAAAGGAUAACUGAGAACUUGAAAUUUCUGUCUUUCCGUCGUUCUUUGCAGUAAAUGUAGGGUUUGUUGACACAAGUUUGAAAUAUGCAGGACUGUUGUCUCGGAGGAGGUGGAAGAAGGCGAAAUAACGUUCGAGAUCUCUAAGAUCAUCGCAAACUUAGAUUGUACUUGUACAGAUACUAUAUAUUUAUGAAAUUGGUCAAUUACCAAAUCACCUACAUCAUUUGUUGGUCAAGUUCACUUUAUAUGUUAAUGAGCUGGUGGUGAUGCAAGCUGUUCACAAGAGCCCUGCUAUUAAACCCAUUAAAAGAAGAGUCAGCACUGCACAUGCACGUCGGCGAGCAAGAGUUUACUCAACUGCAAUUAAAAAAGAAAGGCUAAAAGGGCAAAGUGCAGAUGAAUUAAGGAGUUCUCAUGAGUCGGGUCUGGCCAGUGGAUCUACAGCUUUUUUGAAAGGAUUGUUGUCUGAAGCUGACAGUCUUCCAAAGCGUAUAUCUGAACGAUAUGAAACACAGAGAGAAAACAGUGAUUGGAUUUACAAGACAUUCAAAAGAAAGGAAUGUAUCCAUCAUGUUGAGGACAAAGCAAAGCCUGGAUUAUGCUGUUGUGGCCGUCUUGAAAAUCAGCACGGCAAGUUGACCACUGUUCAAGAAGAAAAUGAAGAGCUUGAGAUAGCAAAUGAUGCAGCUGAAGAGAGUGACAGUUCUAACAACAGCCAGCUUGAGGAUGAGGUGUUUGAUGUGAAAGGAAGUGUCCACUUCACCAAGAGUCAAGGUUUGCCACCACUGAUGAAAACAAGUAGAUAUGAAGGGAAGGUUUAUGGCAAAAAGACAGGGCCUGAAAACUGGUCACCAAAGGAUGACAUAAAAGAGUUUCCAACAGAUGGCUUUGGUCAGAUUAAAUUUGUGAAUGCAUACAAUUCAUCUCUGACACCUGCCAAGUACAUUCGUCUAGCAGACAACACAAGGCCAGAGUUGACAUUGGAGCUUAUGGUGCGACAAUGGAAGUUAAAGAAACCAGACAUUGUUAUAUCAGUACAUGGAGGGCUAAAAAAUUUCAAGCUUGAUCCUCAUCAGAAAGAGAUCUUUAACAGAGGCCUCAUUAAGGCAGCUAAGACAACCCAUAGUGGUGCUUGGAUAAUAACUGGUGGUGUAAAUCUUGGUGUGAUGAAGGCUGUGGGUCAAGCGGUACAGGAGGGUCAGUCCAUGCAAUGGGGAGGGUUAUCAAGUCGCUGCCGCAUCAGGUGCAUUGGUAUUGCAACAUGGGGAUAUAUAGAGAAAAAUGAGCACUUGAUUAAUCCUUUGGAGGGCAAGGGAUGCUAUCCAGCAACUUACAGAGUGGAGCAUUCAUUUCAGAGAGGGAAGCCUGUGUCCCUCAAUCCAGACCACAGCCAUUUCCUUUUGGUGGAUGAUGGUACACAGGGGCAAGUUGGAGCCAAAGAAGUUCAGUUUAGGGCACGACUGGAGAGGGUCAUUGCUGACAAACCUAAUAUUCAGAGACAAAAGUUUGGGUUUGGGGUUCCUGUGGUGACAGUGAUUGUUGAAGGAGGGGAGGAUGCACUAAAGGCUGUCAGAGCAUCUGUAAAGCAUGGCAUUCCAACAGUUGUGGUGGAAGGAACCAAGAGGGCUGCUGAUAUCUUAGCUUUUGCACAUCACAACUGUGACUCUGGAACAGUGCGCCAAGUUAAGAAAGAUCAAGAAGACCGUCUCAAAGCAAAAAUCCAGGAAUCUUUUCCAAAGUUUGCAAAAGAUGAAAGUCAUGUCCAGAAAAUUGUAGACAUUGUUAACAGUUGUGUCCAUGAUGAGCGUCUGAUUACUGUAUACAAGAUCGACGAGAACAAUAACCUAGAUCUUGACCUAGCCAUUCUCAGUGCCUUGCUCAAAGGUGCUGGCGAUAGCGAUCCAAGGAAAUCCGAUUUGCUUGGGAAGUGUGCCAAUCGAAUGGAUCAGUUAAAACUGGCGUUAACAUGGAACAGAGUUGACGUGGCUGAAGAAAAGAUUUUCACUCCUGAAGCUGACUGGCCUAGUGGAAGCCUGGAUGAAGUCAUGCUGAACGCUCUACAGUUAGAUCGUGUUGAUUUUGUAAAGCUUUUUCUAGAUAAUGGUGUCAGUAUGAGAGAUUUUUUGACUGUUCCAAGGCUGAGAAAACUUUACAAUUCGGCUGAAGCUGGAAGCCAUCUGUACUCUCUCCUAAGGAAAGUUGCCGAUGUUUCUGAAGGGCCGUACUCCCUUAAGGACAUCGGUGUUCUUAUCGAAGAACUAGUUGGUGCUUAUUAUGAGCCAAUGUACCUGGUUGACACACCCCAUACUAACGUCCUGGCUGCUAGGGUUGCUGGCCUGUUUGGAGUAGCACCUCACAGAGGGGAUAAAUCUGAUGGAGAGAAUGGUACUGUGUGCCCACCGGUGAAAUUUCAGACUUCAGAGAAUAAGUUGGAAGUGCAAGGGGCGUACAAUGCCACGCGAUUUGAGAAGCCUUUCAGAGAACUCUUCUUAUGGGCAGUGUUAAUGAACCGAUAUGAACUGGCACGAUUCAUGUGGGAGAAGGGAGAAGAGGCUGUGUCUGACGCAUUGGCAGCGAGUAGAUUGUUUCAAGCCAUGCACGAUCAAGUUGAAGAUGAUUAUUUCGAGAUCAAGAGGGCGUUGAAGCAACACGCAAUAGAAUUCGAAACGUUAGCCCUUGGUGUUCUUGAUGCGUGUUACAACGAAGACGAGGUGUUGGCAGAGAUGUUGGUUGAGAGGGAGAUGCCCAAGUGGGGUGGCAUGAACCCCCUUAACUUGGCAGCUGCAGCAAGAGCGGAGCAGUUCCUUGCACAUCCAUGCUGCCAGUCAAGUUUGAAUAGCAUUUGGAAGUCACGUGGUAUGCCUGGAGUUCAUUACUGGAAGGUAAUCGUUGCUGUUAUCUGCCCGCUAAUGAUUCUUAAAAUUUUGUUCUACGACGAGGAAAAUCACAGCUGGUCGGUGCCUCUGUGGAAAAAAGUCCUUAUCUUCUAUAAUGCUCCGAUAUCAAAGUUCUGGUCUCAUCUGGGAAUGCACUUGUGCUUUUUAGGAUUGUAUGCUUUUGUGAUUUUAUUUUCAUUUCAUAAGCCUUGGCCUUCCAUUUAUGAAAUUGUGCUUUUGUGUUGGAUUGGUGUCAUAAUUAUGGAUGAAAUCAGCCAAGUCAUGAAUCAAGAGACAUCCACUUUUAAAAGCAAGUUGGAACUAUAUUUUAACACCCACGUAAACAUUGUGGACACGUUUGCUAACGCAAUCGCCCUCAUUGGUUUUAUCUUGCGGUUUUUUGAUGUCACAUGGGAAGCAGCUCGCGUCUUGUAUUGCAUGAAUUUCGUCAUAUUCUCCUUCCGACUUUUCAGAGCGUAUUUCGUCAGUGGUUACUUGGGGCCAAAGAUUAUUAUGAUUAAAAGGAUGCUUGCGGACGUUAUGAUGUGGCUUUGUCUGUUGCUGGUGUUCGUGUGUAGUUAUGGUGUGUUCAGGCAGGCGUUGUUCUUCGCUAACAAAGAGCCGUACUGGGGUGUGAUUAAUGACCUGUUCUACAAGCCAUACUGGCACGUAUACGGAGAAUUGUUCGUUGAUCAGGAAGCUGAGGAAGGGAAGCUUGCCACAGGCGAAAUUCCUUUGCACGAUGGAGAACAUCUAAAGUGGAUUCAUCGGAUAUGCAUGGGGGGAUAUUUACUCAUCACCAACGUGCUUCUUAUCAAUCUUCUUAUUGCUAUCUUCAGUAACGUGUUUAACGAGGUUGAGCUUAAUUCGUACCAGAUAUGGAAGUACCAAUACUACUAUCUUGUGAUGGAGUACAACAAACAACCCCCUCUGGCCCCACCUUUCGCUAUUAUCUUCCAUCUUGUCGAGUUUGUGCGGUGGCUUGUGAAGAAGUGUAAAAAGCGUAAUAAAGUUUCUCCUAAGUUUACUGCAGAGGAUCUUGAACUGCUAAGACUCUUUGAAAUAGAAAGUGCAGCUAACUAUAGACAGCGCGUUGAGGAGGAAAAGAGAACUGGUACCGAAGAGAGGAUUAGGUACACUAGUGAAAGGAUGGAGCAUUUGGUGAAGAAAGUCACGGAAUUACAAGAAACUCUCCAACUUCAUCUCACAAAUACCGAUGUAAAUUUGCGACAGAACAAUGUUAAUACCAGUUAACAGCAGUCAGUGAGCGAGGUUUGGUAGGUGUUUAUGUAGCGUAGAUAUCAGUAACCAAAAAGUAGGAUAUUGAGUUAAGUAUGUUCUUUCCGUCGUGUCGCUUCAAAGUCGUUUCGCAUCAAAUGGAACUCGUUUCGUCGCAAAUCCAACUAGUUUCGCUCCAAAUCGAAAGUCGUUUUGCUACAGAUCCAAACCGAUUUAUGGAGAGAUAGACUCAUAAAUAACGUAGAGGCAUAGCCAAUAACGUAGUCAAUUAGAAUACAGCCGAUUUGUGAUAGAAAGUCAUUAGAUUUAAAUGAUUUAAUUAUAUUUAAAACAUCAAACGUAAAUUUGAUGAAUAUAAACAGUACGUUGAAAAUGAGCAAUGGUAUAUAUGACAUAGGAAAAAUUAAAACAAUUGGUGAAUCCGAGCUAGUUUAGACAAUUGCUAACACUUCAGAAGGGUCACCAUAUGUCUUGGUGUGUCAGUAAGGUGUAAGUUUCUGAGGGUUUUAAUAGAUAUUUACAUGGUUAUACCAUUUUCAUCUUAAGAGUUUCCUAUCUUUUGUAGAUAUGUCACUUUACAAACAAAAUAAAUAUAUUAUACAGCUACACAUUUUCCACGCUACUUACCUUCUACAGUAUUUAAAGACAUUUAAAAACCAUUCUUAUCUUCAUAACAAUUUAUUCGAACUGUUCAGUCAUACUUGCAAACACUCUGUAGACACAAGUUUUAUUUUUUUUGAUAAAUAAAAAAUUGAGUGAUAUUUGAUUUUA